GUUUGAGGUUUUAGCCUAGGAGCCGUGUUCAUCGACCGCGAGCCGCAUCAGUCCCCUCAAUCGUGAAUCCCUGCGUUCAACAUGGCCCUUGUGGCAAAUGAAGAUUUUCAGCACAUACUUCGUGUUUUGAACACGAACGUAGAUGGGAAGCAGAAGAUAAUGUUCGCUCUUACCUCAAUCAAAGGUAUAGGGAGGCGAUUUGCUAACAUGGUUUGCAAGAAGGCUGAUGUUGACAUGAACAAAAGAGCUGGUGAACUGAGCGCUGCUGAAUUGGAUAAUCUCAUGACUGUGGUUGCCAACCCUAGGCAGUUCAAGAUUCCGGACUGGUUUUUGAACAGAAAGAAGGACUACAAGGAUGGGAAGUAUUCUCAGGUGGUGUCAAAUGCAUUGGACAUGAAGUUGAGAGAUGAUUUGGAGAGACUCAAGAAAAUCAGGAACCAUCGAGGUUUGAGGCACUACUGGGGUCUUCGUGUACGUGGCCAGCACACCAAGACCACUGGUCGUAGGGGUAAAACUGUUGGUGUCUCUAAGAAGCGUUGAGCAGAGACAUCUCACUUCCUUUUUUACUGGUUUUUAAGAAUGAGAUAUGUGGUUAAAGCCAGCAAAAUUUUAUUUUGAGAAUGCACUUGGAUUUUGUCGCCUUUGAACGUUGAUUGUGGUUGGGUUGGGUACUUGGUUGAUCGUAUUUUUUACUUACGAAUCAGACGUCGCAUGUUGAUUUCCUUCGAACAAGAUUGAUGCAUGAUCACUACGUGAGACUUAUCUUAGAAGGAGCA